GAGCCCGCUCAUCACAACAUCUGACUUCCGCACCGCGUUUGCCGAUUCAAGCACACACACACCAUGGCUCUCGGUGUCCAGCUGCUGCCGCUUCUGCCGCUUCUGCUCCAGACCAUUCUUCCGAUAACGCUCGCCACAACUCCCAGUUUCACUGUGGAUUAUCGUCAUAACUGCUUCCUUAAAGAUGGAGAGCCAUUUCGCUACAUAUCCGGCAGCAUCCACUACAGCAGAAUUCCCAGAGUGUAUUGGAAGGACAGACUACUCAAGAUGUACAUGGCUGGUUUGAACGCCAUCCAGACAUAUGUGCCUUGGAACUUCCACGAGCCGGUGCCAGGUCAGUAUGACUUCAGCGGAGACCGGGAUCUGGAGUACUUCCUACAGCUGUGUCAAGACAUCGGCCUGCUGGUCAUCAUGAGACCAGGCCCUUACAUCUGUGGAGAGUGGGACAUGGGAGGCUUACCUGCCUGGUUGUUAAAAAAGAAAGAUAUUGUUCUACGAUCAUCUGAUCCAGACUACAUUGCAGCAGUGGAUAAGUGGAUGGGGAAGUUGUUGCCCAUAAUUAAUCGUUAUCUGUACCAGAACGGAGGACCCAUCAUUACUGUGCAAGUAGAGAAUGAAUAUGGCAGUUACUUUGCAUGUGAUUAUGACUACAUGCGGAAUCUUUCCCAUCUGUUUCGAUCUCAUUUGGGAAAAGAGGUGGUUCUGUUCACCACCGAUGGAGCAGGUGUGGGCUAUCUGAAGUGUGGAUCCCUCCAGGGCAUCUAUGCCACCGUUGACUUUGGUCCAGGCUCAAAUGUAACAGCUGCUUUUGAAGCGCAGAGACACGCAGAGCCACAUGGCCCUUUGGUGAACUCAGAGUUCUACACAGGCUGGUUGGAUCACUGGGGCGAGAGACACUCUGUUGUGCCCACAGCGCCUGUGAUCAAGACUCUCAAUGAAAUGCUGGAAAUGGGAGCCAAUGUCAACUUAUACAUGUUCAUUGGUGGAACCAAUUUUGGCUAUUGGAAUGGUGCCAACUCGCCUUACGCUCCUCAGCCAACCAGCUAUGACUAUGAUGCCCCACUUACAGAAGCUGGAGAUCUCACAGACAAGUAUUUCGCCAUAAGAGAUGUCAUUAAAAUGUACAAAAACAUACCAGAGGGGCUAGUGCCUCCAUCAACACCAAAAUUUGCUUAUGGACCAGUGAAAAUGAAAAAGAUACAGACAGUGUCGGAGUCUUUGGAUAUAUUAUCUUUCUCUGGCCCCGUCAAAACUGUAUAUCCACUUACAUUUAUUGAAAUGAAUCAGGUCUUCGGGUUCAUGCUGUAUCAGACUGUGUUACCUGUAGACUGUUUGAAGCCCACCCUGCUGUCAUCCAUUAACGGAGUCCACGAUCGAGCAUACAUAUCCAUCGAUGGCAUUGCUGCUGGUAUUUUGGAGAGGAACAAGGUGCUCAUGAUCAAUGUAACAGGGAAAGCAGGGAGCCGUGUGGACGUCCUGGUGGAGAACAUGGGCAGAAUCAACUACGGCAGAGAAAUAAAUGACUUCAAGGGUCUGGUGUAUAAUCUGACUCUUGGUGCUGAUGUGCUGGGUAACUGGACUGUAUUUGCUCUGAGUAUCGACGAAGCGGUGAGUCAGGGGCUGCUGACGGCACACAGAAGAUCUGACUCCACCUCCAGCUUCACCACAUCUCCACCUCCUGCUCUCUCACCUCCAACAUUUUACUCUGGCACCUUCAAAAUCCCUGACGGCAUUCCAGAUCUCCCUCAGGACACAUACAUUCAGUUCCCCAACUGGAGAAAGGGUCAAGUGUGGAUUAACGGUUUUAAUUUGGGUCGCUACUGGCCGUCCCGUGGGCCGCAGGUGACCCUGUUUGUCCCAGCCCACCUGCUCAGCACCUCCGUCCAAAACAACAUUACUGUUCUGGAGUUGGAGUCGGCGCCCUGUUCUCCAGGUCCCUGCACGGUGGAGUUCACAGACACUCCGAUUAUAAACGCCACUGUGAGGUCAACCAGCCAAUACAUAAGACGACUAUUCAACAAACAAGAUCUCUUUUGAGUUUACUUACUGCUCUUAUGAAAUCUUACAAUCAUUUGUUUGUUACGCACAUACCAUUGAUUUGAAAGAAUCCAAAGGAUGUAAUACAUGAAGCAAUGGAGGUGACAAUUCAGCAGCUUUCCACACUGAUGUACAGAUUGUAGGGAUAAAAUUAAUCCUGGACUAUAUUAUGAACACUGAUUGCACUGUAAAUCAUGGAUAUGCUCAGGAUUUCAAUUGAGUUCAUUGAAGUCUAUCUUCAGUUAUCUGCACAAUUUUAAAUUACAAUGGAAAUCUUUGUUUUUAUUUUGUGUGCAGGCAGUUUUUUUAUCUAAAAUGGACUUUUGUUCAUUACGAGCGGCUUGGGUGUACAGCAGGACUGUUUAUUUUUGCACACUGUAUAGCCGAUGUUGUCUAAUACACUGUAGUAUCACAGUGAAAUUAUAAACCGUUUUAUAUGUCCAUGUUGUUUAAUUUUAAAUGCCAUCCAGGAGCAAUAGUUGUGUUUAAAUAAAACAA